AUGGCUGAAGCCCAGCUAUGUGGAUUACAGGACGAGUUCACCUGCUCGGUAUGUCUGGACACCCUGACUGACCCCGUCACCAUCCCCUGUGGACAUAAUUUCUGUCUGAAGUGCAUCACAAACUACUGGGAUCACAGCCAAGAGUGCAGCUGUCCUCAAUGCAGAGAAAACUUCACCACGAGGCCUGCUCUACGAAAAAAUAAUCUGCUGAAUGAAGUCAUCAAGAAAUUAAAGAAGACGACACUCAGUCCUCCUACUCCUCAGAAUUAUGCCAGCCCUGGAGACGUGGAGUGUGAUUUCUGUACUGGUAAGAAGUUCAGAGCGGUGAAGUCCUGUCUAACCUGCAUGGCCUCCUACUGUCAGACUCACCUGCAGCCUCACUAUGAAGUAGCGGCCUGGAAGGGACACAAGCUGGUUGAUCCUGAUAGAAAUCUGAAGGAGAAACUCUGUCAGAAACAUCAGAAAAGUCUGGAGAUAUUCUGUAAAACUGAUGAUUCCUGUAUCUGCAUGAUGUGUGUGGUGACUGGACAUAAUGGGCAUAAAAUGGUCGAGCUGGAGACGGAAAGAGAAGAAAAGCAGAAACAGCUGGGGGUGACACUGAGUGACAUCAAAAGGGGACUUGAGGAGAGAGAGAAGACACUGAAGGAGACGAGGAGGGCGAUGGACGAGAUGAAGAUGUCUGUGGUAAAAGAGGUGGAAGAAAAUGAGAAGAGCUUCACUGCUCUAAUACGUUGCAUUGAGGAAGCCCACAGGAAACUGACUGAGAGGAUCAGAGAACAAGAAAAGAGAGAAAUGGAAAAGGCUGAAGGAGUCGUGAAGCAACUGGAGAACAAGAUUAAAGAGCUGAAGAGGAGAGAAUCUGAGCUGAAGGAGCUUUCAGAGACCAAGGACCAUCUACACUUCCUGCAGACUUUCUCCUCUUGCUGUGUCCUUCCUGCUGAUGGAGACUCGCUGAGCUUCACUGUCACCGCUGAUUUCUCAUCUGAGGACAUGAGAAAGGAGCUGUCAGGUCUGACAAAGAGUCUGGAGAAGAUCAGCCAGUGGGUCAUCAUGACAAGGACUCCAUCAG